ACAGGAUUGUAGGCGGCGUUUCAAAUGUUACGUUACUGAAAGACGUUUAUAAUGCAGUAUAAAGUAUUUUGUAUAGAAUCUGAGUAAGCACAUUAAAUGUCAGCCUACUGCCUAUAGCAUGACUGGUAUCAUUUUACGGAAGCUACAAUAACUCAGCUAAUUUGUGCUAGAGAAGGAUGUAUGACACUCCCAGGUAUUUAGAAUUCUCGACGCAUUCUGGAAAGUACGCUGCACUUAGUUUUGCCUAAGAUGUGUUUUUAUCCUCAAUAUUUUUUCAAAUCAGUGGUUAAUUCUGUAUCAGCAAGUGUACUGUAGUGAUGCCACCGCAUAUGUCGCACUGCAGCGCAAAUACUCAUAGAGCUUAUUUAACAUUCACAUCCUUCCAUUCUGCAACAACAAUGAGGAUAAUGUGCUAACUCUAAAUGGGUGAUUUUCUUAUUUCGAGUGACGAACAGUUAGUGCUUUGGGAAUGGCUUCGUUAAAAAUAUUUAAACUCAGUAUUUCAGACAGACCCUCAGGGUAACCGUAGUACAGAGUCAGAUAACUGUCUCUCUAAAGUGUUAGCAGGGUGGUUGUAGUUAAUACCGGAGCAUUACUGCAACUUGUAAAGUGAAUGAAUAAUGUGUAUGCGUGCAUCAUGUUGCUUGGUCAGGUCUUAUAUGUUGCAAAUAAGUGUCUUCAUAUUUGGAGUAAUUUGAUUGAAACAGCCUCACUACUCAAAAUGUCAUGAAUCGAGUUACACACGAAACAGGCUUAGUGGUGUUUGCUCUCUGAUGCCGGAUGCCAUAGUUUUGAGUGUUUCUUAUAAUGUUUGUGGCUUUUUCGUAGCUUUUAGACGUAUAUGUAAAUGCAUUUUGUCAGCAUUCUCUUGAUAAUUUCAUUCAGUGGGACAGAAAACUAUAUUAUGUAUUUUUACAUGUUAAUGGAAAUAUCUAUUACGAUAUUAGGUAGAGUACAACAAGUCCAGCGAAGAUAACUUCUGUAACAGCUGUACAGUCGCAAUUGCUGUACACUCUCAUUUUACAAGUUAGAACAGUUUUAUAGUCUUCGUCAUAUUUCUUCGUUUUUCAGUUACAAAGUAUCAUUUCAUGCCGUUACUUUGCAUAUUUUGAUUACACCUCUUUUCCGAAAAAGAACUAUUUAAUUCUUCAUGCAACCAUAUUUUCAUGGUUGCGACUUAUGGUCAUCUUAAUAUGGUGUUAAAUAAACUUCUCUUAAUUUCACCUUUACCACUGUCCAAUCAAAUAAUGUAACUAUGAUAACUUGUAGAACUACAAUUUGUGAUAAUUGCAAUAUACAGCUUUUGAUAAUUAUAAAUGAUAUCUUUAUUGAACUCCUCGUUUCCUCGCUGCUUGAUAAAGCAUAUAUUAAUGCGUCGAAUGGCAUUUUAGGCGUAAUUUAUCUUCUGUGUUAAUGACAGCAAACUGUUGUUUCUGUUGUAUGGUUUAAUUUUUGUGAUGCAUUCUUGUUUGCUUUAACUAGUUUUUGCCCAACUGAUGUCUUUUUAAAAAAUGAUUUGGGUCUAGACGAGGAUUUGUGCUUACCACCGUCUUACAUAUUAGACUCCGUAGAUUCACUCUUUAAAAGCUAUCGAAAUAACCGCGCUUCACAUAUUUUAGUUAUUCUGUUGCCUCAUCUGUAUUACUGUGUAAUUUUAGCAGUUCUUAGCCCUUAGGCAUUUUUUUUUCAUUUUAGGUUUGCGUAUCUGUGAUCAAAAUACUGGCUUUGUGAUUGAAUCUCCUGCAUUCCACUACUGAAUCAUUUAUACAAUGAACGGGAAAGAUAAAGAAAAUGUUUUCAAACUAAUUAAACGUAAUAAGGACUUACAUACAGAUGAAGAAAAAUCACAUCUUCGUAAACGAAUUGAAGGUCAACUGUUAAAAUUCACGAAUGUUGUCAAGGGUUAUCAGUAUCGUUGGUUUGUGAUCGAUCCAGAUGUAGGAAGGAUAGAAUAUUACGAGAAAGAAGACCAUAAACGAUCCCUUAAACCUCGUGGAACACUAAAUCUUAUGUAUGCUUCUGUAUGUCCAUCAGAUGAAGAUUCACAAACAUUUAUUAUUAAUGCUGCUAACGGAGACUUGCUGAAAUUGAAAGCUGUCGAUGCUAAGGAAAGACAGCAUUGGGUUGAUCGUCUUCGAGCUGUUGCCGAAUACCAUACAGAUAAAGCUGAACAAAAUCCAUUGGUUGCUACUUUACCUCCAACUUCCGAAUUCGGGAAUCACACUGAUCCAUCAGGCACAUCUCCUCAUACAUUAAAUUCUCCUAAAACUACAUCUCCUCAGACAAAUGAUGUAAAUUCUUCUGGUGAUCAAUGCACUGAUGUUGACUCCCCGAAUAUAUCUGUUGCUGAUACAUUCCCUGUAUUUUGUCCUGGUCGUCCAUCUGAUCCACGAACUCAACUUGGCGAGCUUUUUCGUCAGUUAGAACACGAAAAUCAAGCACUUGCUACAGUUGUCGAUGCAACAUCUAUUCGAAGUCCUGAAAUUACUGAGGUAUUUAAAAACCUUCUCUUGUCAAAAGCUACUAGUCAAGCGACACUGACUUGUUUAAAGCGUUGCAUGGAGUUGAUUAAACGUCAAGAUAUAGCGAAUGGAAUUGAGAAUGGAAAAAUGACUAGAUCAUUGAAUUCAAGUAGUGCAGAGAGAUCCGGUUCAGGGGACUUUUGCAGUUCUGUUGUUGAGGUGUCUGAGUCGUGCAAACCUGAUUAUAAGAACACUACUACUGCUGCUACUACUGAGUCGAUCUCCAGUGUCAAUUCUACAUUAACUGAUGAUGUACAGGAUAUUCUGGCAAAAUAUCCAUUACCGAUAAAAAAUAUGCAAGUCGGCUGUAUUGACAUACCAAAAGAUGAAGAAGAAAAGGAAGAAAAGAUACAAGAUGAUACAAGUCAUCGAUAUGAUGUUCAUAAAGAAAAUGAGGACAGUUUAAAAUUAGAUAGUGAAGAACAGAAAGCAGUUAUUUUACACUUACUUUCUCAACUGAAAAUCGGGAUGGAUUUAACAAGGGUUGCCCUUCCUGUGUUUAUUUUGGAGAAAUAUUCCUUACUAGAGAUGUUUGCUAAUUACAUGGCGCAUCCAAAUCUAUUUUGCAGCAUUACUGACUAUGAAGAUCCUGAAGCGCGUAUGUUAGCAUUCGUUCAAUGGUAUCUUACUACAUUUCAUGCUGGAAAGAAGGACAAAAUAGCUAAGAAACCAUAUAAUCCUAUUAUUGGAGAGACAUUUCAUUGCAGUUGGCUCAUUCCUGCUGGUGAUAAUUUAAACAGUGGAGGCUCUCUACUAGAGCCAUAUAAAGAUAAAUGCAAAACAUCACAUAGUAAUAAUAAUUCACCUAUAAUAAUAAGAUACUAUGCUGAACAAGUUUCACAUCAACCUCCUGUGACUGCUCUUCAUUUUUCUUGUCCUUCAAAGAAAAUGGGAUUGACUGCAUCAAUAUGCGCUAAGUCUAAAUUUCAAGGAAUGAGUGCUUAUACUGCUAUCUUGGGGAAACUUACACUAAAACUCGGCGAACACAACGAUGAAGAAUAUCACUUCUCCUUGCCUACAAUAUAUGCUCGAUCAAUAUUGACAGUUCCAUGGGUUGAAUUCGGUGAUAAAGUUUCCAUCACUUGUCCACAAACAAAUUACUCAGCUACAGUUACAUUUUUAACAAAACCUCAUUAUGGUGAUAAACUCCAUCGUAUUAGUGGAGAGAUUUAUGGGGUUUCAAACUGCUCUCAAACUGGUUCCGACCGUUCAUCUAAACGAUCUGGAUCACCAGUCAAUCCACUUGGUAAUGUUAAUCUAAUAGCACGUGUCUCUGGUGGAUGGAAUAAAACCAUAGAUUUCGAAGUGUUCAGUAAGGUGAAUUCUUAUAAGUGUUCAGUGGAUGUCAAUAAAUUACCUGUAUUUCAAAAGCGUAUUCGUCCUAUAGAAUGUCAACAGCCUGAAGAAUCUCGUCGUUUGUGGCAGAAUGUUACUAAUGCUCUUGAAUUAGGAAAGUUUGAUUUAGCUUUAGAAAAGAAACGAGAACUUGAAGAACAACAGCGAAUUAGUGAAAAGUAUCGCGCAUUGUACAAAUUUAGUUUUCCAGUCAAAUACUUCACGUGGGAUGAAAGUGCAUGGGUAUUCAGAUGGUAAUUUUAAAGUCAGAAAUCAUCAAGAUAAACUGAAGCUGUGAAUAAUACUGAAAAAAGGGAAAUUAAUAUUUUCUAUGUAUUAUCUUUAUACCUUUUACUUAUAUUACUUUAUCAUUACUUUAGAAAAAAAUAAAUUCUUUAUAUUCUCUUGUUUGUUUAUCCGAUAUCCUUUAUUUGUUGUAUUUUGUCUUUUUCUUUCUUCUGAGAUGUAUAACUACUUUCGCAGUUAUUAAUAAUAAUAAUUUCGAAGUAAAAAUUGC